CUCCAGUGCUGGAUAUCACGACGAGCCUGUUUUAGCACGGAGCACUCCCUUGACAUCCCAGAAGACCGAUUCUUCUGGUGUAUGGCAUACAUGGCACACGCUCUCUCCACGUCCUAAAUUCUAUGACCGGUCGUCAUUCAACCGCAAACACCCUGCCUGCUGCCUCCCGUCACGGAUAUCCCCUUUCGAGAUACUUUAGCCGACCGAAUCCGAUGAUCACAAGAGUUCCUUCAGGAGCAGCAACCGACCGGCCAUCGCGCGCAGGAGGCGGGCCAGGAGGAAAGCUGUUACCUGUCGUUCCACACGCUAUUCUGGACAGAGAGUGUCGACUUUGGCUCGAAAGCCGCUGAUCCGACCCAUGCAGAGUUCAACGCGACCUAGAGACACGGGCGCGAGCUUCGCAGCCCGGAGAGGGCAUCUUCCACACUUGUCGAUAAGCGAUGAUAGCCAUCAUGUCACCGAAACCAUCGGUUACCUCUACGAUGACGAUGUCGAAUCCGGCCCUCGAAACCCCAGAACAUACGCGCAAGAACAUGCAACUUCACAUACUCAAAGGCUAGCGCACGAGACACGCAGGGCAGACGAGAGAUCUCCAAGAAAAGUCCCUUCACAGCGGAAGCCAAUGCCCGGCGGAGAGGUUUCGAACAAUAAUGCUGUCACACAAUCAAACGGGCUCUCACGAGGCCCAUCCAUACAGGGUCACCCUUGGGAUCGUAAUGGUUCGCCGCUAUCAUCACCAACAGGGACAAGAGAACGUUCGCCAUCGGACACAGCUAUUUCUCCCUUUCCCCUGAACGAUAUUGACUACGAGUCCAGUCCCGCCGGGUUGGCGCAAGAGUUGAGCAAUCUACAAGCUUUGAGGCGGAUGUCAAUGAGUGUGGGCGCAACCGAUGAUCCUGAUUUACCCCAACUCAAUGCCGCCGGGAUGCCCAGUGCGCCUGAGUCGGACUCGAGUGAAGAUGAUUCAUCAAGACUGUUCUGGGUGCCCGCUCGUCUGCAUCCAGAACUAGCCCCCAAAGAGUUCAAGACCUUCCUUGAAAGCAAGGCGGAACAGAUAAGACGAAGAUCAGGCGAGCUGUCAACUUUGGGAUCACCAUCAUCUUCGAGGUCAAAUUCAUUGACUAGCGAUGGAGGAAGCAGUAGCCUACGUCGCAAGAAAUCGAUGUUAUCCCGACAAAUCAAUAGUUCCGUUGGGUAUGAGGAUGGGGCUGAUCGAUUGGAGAGGAAGAAGUCCCAAUCGCGACGGACAACACCUCAGGAUCCGAACUUGCAGGAACUAGAAUCCUUGGUGGCUAACACUGUAGGUCUGUCAAGAGUGAGUUUGGACGAACCAGUUGAGGACGACGCCGGAGACAUCAUCUUGCCAUCUGUUCCGGGCUCCAGUCUCAAGCGAUCAACAAGGACAACUUACAGACGCGGCGGCAGCGUAAAGGGCCGAGGGGCAGACAGAAGCACUUAUGCGCAAAGAGCGGCGAGAAAAGCGGCGAGUGAGAGUCCUUCUGGGAGCAGGCCUGAAUCCCCAGAAUCUGGCGUACCCGCGAUUCCUCCUAUCCCAAGCUUUGCAUCCAUGGACGUUUCAAACCUCGCUCAGACGUUGAACGACCCCUCAAGCUCGGCCACCAAUUCAAAGAAUGUUGCGGCGAAGACGAACUUUUCGAGACCAGCCGGCCGUGAAGUGUCUUCAUCGUCGGCCAGUUUUAGUUCAUCGGUGCCGUCCACUUUUGACUCCAUCUUUAGCGAAGAUGAUGUUACGAGAAGAGUGAGCACGUCUAGCAUGCCAGAGAUGCAGAGGCAGUUACCCACCUCUAAACCCCUCCUAAAUCCCAGUACACCAACCGAACCAAGACCUGUACCGCAGAUUGUGGAAGUCCCACCACCAGAAGAGCCUCGGAUAGCUGCCCAGCCGCAGCGAGCGUCUCCGAUACAGACAGGACAAUCACCUUCACAACCACCCCUGCGACAUCCCGAGCGAGUGUCGUCGAGAGAGGAUAAAGCCAGGAAGGUCUCUCCCCAGAGACCUCCCAUGCCUUCCAAAGGCUCUCUGCCUAAUGUUAAUCCACGCCCAUCAGCGCCCUCGAAUUUCAUGCCGCCUCAGCCGAAACCCACGCAAACCCUUGAACAACCUUCACCUCUUCCGGGCAAUGACACCAACACGAGUAACCUAUCUUUCAUACCCACACUCACCGUGGACAAACGGGCGGACCACAAAAAGAAGGACGACAGUAAAAAGUCCAGUUGGAGCUGGCUUUUGGGCAAAGAAGAAGGAGAAAAAGAAAAGGAAAAGGAAAAGGCUGAAAAGCCUAAAGCCAAGAUCUCCAAACCACCCCAACAGCACGAUAACACUCGACUGGAUGUUCUCCAAACAUCGAUCGACGGAUCCGGCAAAGGUCGUGAGAGCAUCGUACUCGAUCGGGAUGGCCUGAAACUUGAAGAGGAGCGUAAGAAGGAAAGUCAGCGGAAGUCAUUUGGCAACGAUACGAAGAAAGAGAAGGAGGGCCUGUUUUCUUCGAUUUUUGGAGGAAAGAAAGCCAAAGGGGACAAGGAGAGCAACUUGAAGAAGAGGAUUGAACGCGCUCUAUCACCCGAACCACCUUACCGAGAACUCACGCCCGACGUUGACUAUAAUUGGACACGAUUCUCCAUCCUGGAAGAAAGAGCAAUCUAUCGCAUGGCACAUAUCAAACUGGCCAACCCACGUCGCGCCCUCUAUUCGCAAGUAUUAUUGAGCAAUUUCAUGUACAGCUAUUUGGCGAAAGUUCAACAGAUGCAUCCGCAGAUGAAUCUGCCUACGAGCGCAAAGCAGCAACGGAAACAACAGCAAAAAGACCAGCAGCCGGAGGAAUUCGCGCAAUACCAGAGAUAUCAACAGCAGCAACAAGCACAACAGCAGCAGCAGCAGCAGCAAUCGCAUGAGCAACAACAAUACGGUGCUCAAGCGGAUCGCGGUGAUUCGUCUGGAUAUGAGUAUGAAGGCGGCGCUGGUCAACGCCCGAUGUCAAGAGGCAGCAAGCACUCGACUGAAAGUAACGGCGGAUCAUCAUAUAAUGGUGGGUACAACCAGUACCAUCAGCCUCAGCAGGGACAAUACGGAUCUCAGCUGGACGACGACGAUGACGAUGAUAUGUGGUGAUACCUCUAUAUGGGCUCAAUGGGGCAGAGGGAUUUUGCUUUCAUUGUGUCCGAAAGAUUUUGUCUCUUGAAGGGGACUAUCUUCUCCUGACCACGGCCCCAUAAGAGUCGAGCCACCUCCUCUUUCCUUAUAGCAUAGCGGGUGGACGGGAGUUCUGAUGGGUAUAUCAUUUUCUGACAACGAUAUGUGGUAAUUUCAAUAUAUUGCCACUUACUCCAUGCUGCGGGCGUUGCAAAUGCCAACUUUCGUUGAGGAGCUUCUUCAUUGUGAAGGCAGACUCUAGCGAUUCGAUGAUGUACGAGAUCUACUAAUCAUCACUUACAAUGUGAUAUUGUGAUGCAUCUAAAA